AUGAAGAGACGACGCGGUGCAAACCAAAAGUCGGAUAUAGAUACCGGGCCUAAACAAGUUGAAAGCGAUAUACCUGAGCCUCCGUACGAAAUUGCCAACCGCGACUGUGUGCCGGUCAUUACAUCCAAAACCACGCCUGGGCAUGCUCUCUCUGAUAUGGAUCGGGACGUCAAGCUCUCCACUACGUAUUUUGUGGGAUUAACAGACAUUGAAGUUGGAAUACGAUAG